AUGAAGGCCUCACAAAAGCACAGUAACCCCAGUGGCAGAGUCACAGCGACGAGACCCCAGACCACAGCACAACCGCCAGAGCUCGAGCCCCGGGUGGCCCGCAGACGGCUGUCCCAGGCUCGUCAUCGGGCCACUCUGACGGAACUCUUCAACAAUCUCAAGAAAAUCGUUUAUUCUAAGUCUAAUUUCAUACCCUCAAAGUGGCAGGUUUUGAAUAAAGCAAAAAGCCAUAUUCAGAAUCUCGAACUAACGUUGGAUAUUGUGCUGAAGCUGAAAGACUACUUCAACCUGGAGGAUGGGAAUGCCAGGACCCUAGAGGAGGUCAAGAGAGAAUAUGCUAGACUAUACUCCAAAGAUUUCAGCAUGAACUCAAAGGCAACUCCUGAGAAGCACUCCUCCUGGUACCUGUUUGAGUCUGUCAAGAAGGAAGAAGAUGAAGAAGAGGAGGAAGACCAAGAGGAGGAAGAGGAGGAAGAAGGAGAAGAGGAGAAAAAUAGGGAGCUCGUACACUCCUCAGGCACCUUGUCACCAGACCUCCUGGAAUUCGAACGGUACCUCACCUUCUACAAGCAGAUGAUGGGCCUUCUGACGGACAAUGGGGUCAUCUCCUCACAGGAAGUGACACUCCCCAUUGUCUCUGCGGCCAUCUCCCACCUGUGGCAGAACCUCUCAGAGGCGAGGAAAACCAUUCUCCUGCAGUUCUGCGUGCAGAUGCGUAGUAGUUUUCCAGAGGCCUCUCAGGAGCCAGCUUUUGCUGAGGGCAGCGGGGUGGACAGCGGGGUGGACAGCCAGGGGGCCAGUUGCUCGCUGGCCUCCACCCCAGAGGAGGUCCUUUUUGAAGAUGCCUUUGAUGUAACAAGUUUGCUGGACAAAAGCGAGGUUCUGAAUACAUCUAGUGCCAGUUCACUGGCUGCUGGCUGCCACCCAGAGAGCGCAGAAAAGUUCCAAUUCUACAUACAGAUCAUUGAGGUUUUCAAAGACCUUUUCUGUGAGAACACUCAGUCACACCAGGAACCUACUGAGGCUGUGGAUGAUGAGCUGGCCAUGCUGAGAUGCAUGGAAACCUUUGAAGAUGAGGGUCCGUGA